AUGGUGCUGAGCGCGGAGCAGGUGAGCCUCAUCGGGCAGGUGUUCGAGUCCUACGUGCUGGAGCACCACAGGGACGACAUCCUGGGCAUCCUGAGGGAGGCGGACGAGCAGGCGCACUACCCCGUCGUCGUCGACGCCUUGACGCUCUUUGAGACCAACAUGGAGAUCGGCGAGUAUUUCAACGCCUUCCCCGGCGAGGUGCUCCCGAUCCUGGACAGCGCGCUGCGCCGGGCCGCGCUGGCGGCGCUGCAGGACAGCGCGGAGCCCGCACAGCUCAGCCUCAAGCACAACCUCCACGCCAGGGUCUCGGGUUUGCCUGUUUGCCCGGAGUUGACUCGAGAGCACAUUCCUAAAUCCAAGGACGUGGGGCACUUCUUGUCUGUUACUGGGACUGUCAUUCGAACCAGUUCGGUGAAGGUGUUGGAGUUUGAGCGGAGUUACAUCUGCAACAAGUGCAAGCACGUGUUCGUCGUCAAGGCCGACUUCGAGCAGUACUACGCGUUCUGUCGUCCAGCAGCCUGUCUCAAUGAAGAGGGCUGCAGCUCAACCAAGUUCACGUGUCUCUCUGGAACAACCUCUUCUCCUACCUGCUGCAGGGACUAUCAAGAAAUCAAAAUUCAGGAACAGGUUCAGAGGCUGUCUGUUGGAAGCAUCCCUCGUUGCAUGGUGGUCGUUCUGGAAGAUGAUUUGGUGGACAGCUGCAAGUCUGGAGAUGACAUCACAGUGUAUGGAGUGGUAAUGCAGAGGUGGAAACCUUUCCACGAGGGUGCACGCUGUGACUUGGAGCUUGUUUUAAAAGCCAACUAUGUUAAAGUGAACAAUGAGCAGCUAGCAGGGGUUGUAAUUGAUGAAGAAGUUCGCAAGGAAUUUGAAGACUUCUGGGAAAGGCAUAGGAAUGAUCCCUUAGCAGGGAGGAAUGAAAUCUUGGCUAGCUUAUGUCCUCAAGUUUUUGGCUUGUACCUGGUGAAGCUGGCUGUAGCCAUGGUGCUUGCUGGUGGUGUGCAGAGGACCGAUGCUGCUGGAACUCGAACCAGAGGUGAAUCCCAUCUUCUGUUGGUUGGAGACCCAGGUACAGGGAAAUCUCAGUUCCUCAAGUAUGCAGUUAAGAUUAUGCCACGCUCUGUGCUGACAGCAGGAAUUGGAUCUACAAGUGCAGGUAUCCAGUGCUCUGAGAUCCACUAUGAUUCUUUGUGCCCCUGCAGUAUCAUGUGCCUGCUGCAGCUCAUUAACCCAUACAGACGUGACUGGAAUUGGCUUGCAGAAUUUCAGAAAACAGUGACCUAACUCCUGCAGUUUAAUUUGCUGCUGGGCCUCUGCUCUUUCAAUCAGGUUCCUGCCUUCCCCUGCACUUUCUGAAUGAAGUCUGUGCUGUUUUACCUGAUUCAGAAAGUAUGACCCAGGAGAAAACCCCGCUUUCUACCUGAAGGUUUGGAAGACCUUCAUCCUUUAAUCUCACCCACAGGCUCAAGUCACCCGCUUGCUGCAAAUAGCCCUUACAAAUGACAAUUUGUUCUCUGUUUUGGAAAAAUCAGAACUUUAUCUCCACUCAGUGAAUAAGUUUCUGAGCAUACUUGUUUUAUUAAGUUGCCUUUCUUGCAAACACUUAGCAGAAAUUUUCUGUUUCAAAUUCUCUACAAGUUUAGGACUUACAUGAGGAACUGAGGUUUGUUCCUCCCACAUUUCUUUAAUGAUAGUUAGCAGGCAGACCAGCCCACACGCAACAACUCAGUGGCAAAAAUUUAUUUGACCAACUGUAGGACUUUGUAAUCUGUAAAUGAAAGAUGGAGGAACCAUCUGUCCUACUGUUUCGUUCUGUCUACACUGUUUUUAUUACAGGCCUGGGUCAUUCUCCCUGACUUGUCUCUCAUCUGAGAAUCACAGGGAGUCAUUCAGCUACGUUUUAUUUUUAGAAAUUGAUACACAGUUUUCCGUAAAGAUAGAGACUUAGGGAGGCUUAACGAGAUCUCUCUGGGGAUUCUCACCUUACUACUGAGUUAAAUAAACUGUUUUGCAAUCCCCAGAGGCACAGUGCUGCUUAUGUAUAUUUGGAUGAGAUAAUCACUAGUAAGAAAAUAUUUUAUUUACCUCUGGAGCUUGAGAUUUGCAGUGAUCGAGUGGUGUGCAACAGGAACCAAUUGCAUGCCAGCUGCUGGCAGGUCUGGAGCUCAUGGACAUCCAGGCCAGAGUUGUUCUCCUGCUUGCUAGUCCAUAAUUGACCGUCACAUUUCUGAAAAUGUUUGGUGUUGCAUCCCGCCGCAGAUGAAUUGCUUAAAGAAUUUUGUGAACUGUAUUUAGAACAGCUUGCCUAAAAAUCUGGGAGACUAUCAGCUGUUUCUCCAGCUCUCCAGUUCUGUAUAACAUACCUUUCUGAGCUGUGUGACAUGCACCAUUCUGGCCUCUCCUCUAAGAGCCUCUGCAGAGCCUUGCAAGUACUGCCCUUUUGCUGGUAUUUUGCCAUGUCUAACACCGUCUGUAUCAUGCCAACAGCAGCUUGCUACUGAUUUCCUUUCUUUUCAUUGAAGGGAACUGACUCAAGGGAAACCACCUCUUUUCUUCUUUCCCCUGCUAGGUAGGCUUUAGGUGCUAACAGCUGUCUCUCUUCUGAUCCAUUAGAAACCAAUCCAAAGUCACUGACAUGAGCCAUCCAGCUGUGGUUAUAAAUAGAGUACAUGGUGUCAGUAUCCUAAGGUAUGCAAGACUCUGAAACUGGAGAUAUUCUUCCCUCUCUGUAGAUCUCCAAACUGUCCCUGUGCCUUCCCUGCUUGAUAUAAGCCAAAGUAGUGCCAGGACACCAUUUUCCACCAUAGAUUUAUACCCUGCCCUGAUAAAGUUAUUAAUACAGAUGCAGCCUUUAGGUCAUUUUUCUCUGAUCAUCACUUCUGCCAUGGGACUGUUUUCCUGAAUACUUAUAAUUGUACAUGAACUUGAAGUAUUUUCUAUCAGUAUGUAACCUGAAAGUAUUUUCUUGAGAGCAUAGCUUCACUGGCUGUUCCUUCAACAGCUGGGUCUCAAGUUGGAAAGGCCUUAGCUCUACAGGAAGUCUGUUAAACUUGUUGAAAGAAUGAAAUUUGAAGCUGUGAUCAAAUAUUGUCAGACAUGCUCCAUCAGUAACAAUGUCCCAUCUCUUCUUUUUCUCAAUAAUGCUGUUCCCAAAUGGCUUUGUCCUGAGAGAGCUUACCUUGACUACCUGCAUGGCAGAGGUUAUUUAGCCAGAUACGUGUCUUCAAAAAUUCUGGGUUUUUUCAAAUAUCUUCAUAGUUUGGCCCAUAGUUAGAUUGGAUGGGAAGUACUGCAGGAGCAGUAUCGUGUUGUGUUGGUUGAAGGUUUCAGGUCUUACACAAUUCUAAGACCUCCAGGACAGCCUUCAUCAGGCUUUUCCAUCCUGCUGUUGAAAUAGCAGGGAAUUCAAGCAGUUGAUUUUUGGAUGAGUAACAGAUGUCUUCAGCAUUUCCUUUACCAUACCGUGAAGCCCCUCCUUCUUUCCAGUUUGUAUAAGUGUAGGUCUGCCUUAUUUUGAAAGGCUGGCCUCCUUAUCUCCUGGUCCAGGGGAGGUUCUGCCAGUUCAGUUCAGCCAGUUCUUCACAUUGCUGGUAACACGUAGGUGUUGUCUCUUGCAUCUGGUGUAGCACACAUACCUCCUUCCUCUGACUUUCUCUUGUCUGCAAUCACACUCGUUGGGCCAUGGAGAGUGAGUACCCAGCCAUGCCCCCAAAACUGCAUUACCUAAAGCUGAAAAUGUUUAAGCAUAUCCUCCCUCCAUCUCCUCCUGAAAUGACCCUCAAAGUUCCAUGUAGAAGACUUGGGUUUGUCUUUAAGAAAGCCUUCCUAGUGCCUCCAGCUGGCUCUUCCUUACAUCAUUUUUGCCUAGACCAAAAAUCAAGGAGAAAGCCCUCCAUCCAUUUUCUCCAGCCCUGCUCUCCUAUCACACAGUACAAGAGCAGCUUUUGAGAAGCAGAACUAUAGCUGCAAACAGAAAUGGGAGGGCCUAGGAAGAAGAGUUCACACACACUGCCAGCCCUUACACGUAGUUGUCAGUUUUGCUGCAUCUUCCUGGCCGGCACUGACAGAGCCCCCCAGCCAGCAACCACAGCAAAAAUUAACCCAUCAUCUCCUGACCAAACUUCUGUGGCUCUCAAAAUAAAUGAGAUAAUCUGUACUCUUGCAGACCACUGUGCUGUGGAUAAAGGAGUAGGGUAGUUAGGAUGUGUAGGAUCUGCAGCUGUCCAGACUGAAGCCAGAUUUGGUUAACUUUGCCCUUUUCUGUCUCUGACAAAUGACGAUUUGGUAGGAGUAUACAUGCAUAGCACGUUCGGGGAUUUUCCUUCUUCCUUCCUACCAGCAUUUUCAGAUGUCAGUGGACAAUCAGUCUAGCUGCUACUGGUUACUUUUCAGUCUGAGCUGACUUCCAGAAAUCCAGCAGCUGAGGCACUCCAACAAAAAUAAGGUACUGUCAGAUCAUCAGAUUUCUUUGUGACUUUGUCACUCCAAUCUCAAGAAUACAGUGUCUGGUAAGCCAUAAACUAAGUUACUGUGGUUAUUGUAGCAAAGUUCUGAGUUGCUUCAUUGUUGAAGAUUGGUAGUAAGGGUUGGCUUUUUCAGUGGAGUUUUGUAAAGCCACUGGAAAGAUUUAAUUUCAUUAGUAUCCAUUUUGAUGGAGCUGGAACCCUUUUGCCUCCUUCAAAUUUAAGUGUCAUAGUAAUUCAGAUUGAAGGUAAUGCCUGAAUAAAUCUGUGACUGUAAGCUAAGGGACUUUUUUCCAAGCUAGACAUAAAAACCACACAUAUUUUUCAUCCAUGUUUCCAUGUCUGAUUCACUUACUUCUUUGUACAUGAAUAACCCCGAUAAGCAUGAUGGCAGUCUUCUAAUAGUCUGCCUGUCUGAGAUGAAAACACAGUGAGAUACAUCACCAGUCCUGUCAGCAGAAUCUGUAGGAUUCCUUUGCAUCUUGAUGCCUCUGCAAGUCAAGGUUUGUGGCAAGCUGAAUACCUCUUCAACUGAAAUUGUAAUGCUGUGAUGUCAGCACUGGCUGUCUGUGUCAUGUGCACAGACCUGCUGUUCUAAAGCAUUCAGAGAUCAGGGACAAGUCUUUACAGAUGCCCUACAUGCAUUCUAUCUUUCAAUACCACUAAGUUCAUGCUGUGAUGUUGCCUGAAGUCCCUGGGGGACUGGAAGUUGUUUCCUCAAAUUCUAUGUCUCUGGAAUGUGAUUUUGUCAGAAAUGUAAUACUCAGAAGGCAGGGUGUAUGGUGUGCUAAGGUCUGGACAAAGUUGCAGAGACCUGAGGCCCCCAGCCUCUCAAACAGCACAGAAAUGCCAUUUAUCUUGCAAAGAUCAGGAGAUAGGGUUGUUUGUCUCCAAUUUUCACCAAGCACAGCAUUCUUCCUGCUAGUGGUGUGUGAGCUCUAUCCAGGCCCCAGGAGUGUAUCAGGUAAGGUGGUGCCAACUCCACUGCAGCAUCCUGCCACAGUCAAGCCUGAAGUCUGUUGCACCCAAGUUCUCAUGCACAGAUGACUUUUUCAACUGACAACAGAGCUUCACUUUUUCAUUUUUCAUUUCAUUUCUUCUAAAUUAAUUGGUUUGCUACGUGACAUCAUUUUGCUGACUAAAUUUUGUAGCUGGUUUUGCAAUGGCAGCAAUAAUGGUUUGCUUUCAUCACUUUGUGGCAUAUGCUUCUGAGAAGCCUUCAUGCUACCAAUGGAUGGAUUCUGGUUACAACUUGUUCUUGGAUCAUGUUUUCAUUUGAAUAUUCAAUAGAGACAAGAGUCUGAGUUGCUACUACAGUAGCCUUAAUUCAAGGCAGACUUCACAAACCUGUCAAUCCUUCAACAGAUAACUAAGUUAUUUACAUGCUUAUAUUUAUGAGAUAUCUUAAAUAGACUAACAAAUGGAACAUAAAGUGCAUGAAAAAUCUCAAAAUGUCACUGCAGACCUAAAAGUUGCAAUAUAACUGAAAUCAAAGAUAAAGUUCACAGAAUUUCAGCCUUCAAGUGAAGUAACUGCUAGCUCAGGGAACCAGUUCUUUGUGUUAAGUCAAUACCAAUGAGCAUUAAUAUUUUUAGAUUUCUGGUUAUCAGUUGAAACAAUUAGAGAGAUUGUUAAGAACACAUAUUAGAACUAGGCCUCCAAAUAUUACUGGAUUUCAUUAAUUCAUUCAUCUACCCUAGAUGAGUACUGCUGAGUUUCCAUGCAAGAAAAACACUCAGGUCAUUCCUUUCCAGUUUAAAAAAUACACAUUUGAAAUGCAGACAAUUUCACUAAUGAUGUGGAAAGACAGAAGCACUGUCUGGGACAUCUUCAUCCCCACUAGAGAAUGCAGAAAGAAAAUGGAAAGCAUUCUAUUUUUAUUCAGAUCUACACUAACAAUCUUUAUGAAAUCUACAGUUUUUUAGAAGGGCCCAGAACCUACAAGGGUUCCUAAUUUGGGCAGUGACUAGUAAAUAGAACUAUAUUCCUGUAAUCUGGCACAACAGAUUACAAUUUAAAUGCACAUACAGGCACAAUAAAUAUAAAUAAGGCUAAUAAGGAUUGAAAGGAAUAACUAAAUUCUUAAAUGUCACAAAAAUGUCUUAAGUUUUUACAGGUUACUGCUUAGUUCCUUUUAUCUUCAAGGAUGCCUCAGGUAAUAGGGAUGUCUCACUGCAAGAGCUUCGGGGCAAGUAAUGUAUUCUUGGGUGUGUCACACCUGCCACAACAGGGUUUAUACCAGAGAACAGGAUUGCCUUAUAGGCUAGAGAGAAAACAGAGAAAUUUAAAAUUCCAGGUGUUUCAAAAAAAAAUGAAAGAAACAUCCAAACUCCUUACUACUAUUGAAAAAGACUACAAUAAAGCACGCCUGAAAAUAAACAUACUAACUAACCAGUGUGAUCCAUAAUAAUCUUGCAGAAGAGCAUAUUUGGGAUAUUCACACUAUUGCUUUUGAGGCUUAGAAUCUUCUAGUAACUGCUUGCAUCCUUCCAACCACUUGUGUAUGCUAUCAGGGCGGGUGAAAAAGGGUUCUUUCCUGAGGUACCCACCCUAAUCCACAUGAAACACUGUCCUGAACAAAACAAAACACUUUGACUAAACAGCAGCAGCAGAUUUCAGAAAAAAAAAAGUCCUAAAAUCCAAGAUAGCAGAUGGUAAAUCUCAAAUUGCAGGGUUUAAGUAACAAGUAUGUGCCUUGAAAGGAAAAGAAGCUUGUACCUAAAAUUAUACUGCUGUCUGCUUUCAGAGCAAAAGGACAUUUUUGGACUUUGUUUGUUAUUAAGAGAUGCUUCUUUUCUUUGCACUUCAUCUAAUGAGAGUUUUGUUCUUAAGACACUAUUAAAGGGCACUUUAUAUUUGGCAAUCUGGAUAGCAGAGAUGAGGACAUGGCACUACUCCUUCAUU